AUGGGCUCGAUCAGGUCGCAGGCAAACGGGGACGGCAAUCAUGAGGCAUCGCAUGAGAAGGCUGAUGCCAGAGCCGAUUCGAUCUUGCCGACACACGAGAGAGAAUCGCACCCCAAUCGCUAUGUGCUGGGCCUCUUCCGCGUCAACAGCGCCGGUGAGAGUGGCCGGUCAGGCUUUCACCCUGUCCAUUUCUUCCAUGUGUGCUUCAGGAGCGUCUGCACAGCGUCAAUGAUGGUGAACUUCCUCUGGCCAUUUGUUCCAGCUGCGAUCGCGAUACACUUUGCCCGGCCGGACCUUCACGUCUGGGUCUUCGCUCUCAACUACAUUGCCAUGGUACCGUCCGCCAACUUGCUAGGUUUCGCCGGUGGAGAGCUGGCUAAGAAGCUGCCAAAAAUUCUUGGUGUCUUGCUGGAGACAACCCUGAGCGCCGUCGUCGAACUCGUCCUCUUUAUGGUUCUCCUCCACAACCAUCGCCCCGGCGAACACAACCUCAUUCCCGUUAUCCAAGCUGCCAUUCUCGGCUCGAUCCUAGCGAACCUACUUCUCUGUCUGGGAGGCUGUUUCUUCGUUGGAGGUCUUAGGCGCAACGAGCAGGUAUUCCACGAGGCGGUCAGCGAGGUCGGAACGGGAUUGCUUCUGGUUGCUGGCUUUGGGCUUCUAAUUCCCAGCGCCUUCUAUACUGCGCUCAAAGGCGCUGUCAACACCCACUUUACCAUCGAGCAUCUGAAUCACUCCGCGUUGAAAAUCAGUCGAGCAACCGCUAUCAUUCUUCUAGUUGCUUUCAUUGUGUACCUCGUAUUCAACCUACACAGCCAUAACUCGAUCUUCGAUGAGAUUCUGGAAAACGACGAGGCACAGGACGAGGACCGAGACAUGGAACUGAACAGAAACAAGCUCACAUUCGUUGAAUGUAUAUUGGCUAUUGCAAUUGCCCUAACCUGUGUCUGUAUGUCUGCUGUGUUCCUCGUCCAGGAGAUCGAGCACAUCGUCGAGCUCGGCGUCCCCGACAACUUUAUGGGUCUGAUCCUGGUUCCUCUGGUCGAGAAGGCCGCAGAGCAUCUCACGGCCGUGGAUGAAGCGUGGGAUAACCAGAUCAAUUUUGCGCUCUUCCAUUGCCUGGCGCCGUCUAUCCAAACUGCCCUGCUCAACGCCCCUCUGGCCGUCAUUGUCGGCUGGUGUCUCGAUAAAGACAUGAGUCUUAACUUUGAGAUCUUCAUGGUUGUUCUCCUGGUACUGGCAAUCUUGGUCGUUGGAAACUUUUUGCGAGACGGCAAGUCCAACUACUUAGAGGGAUCUCUGCUGAUGCUUGUCUAUCUCAUCAUUGCUGUCACGUCCUGGUACUACCCCGAAGUGAAGGAGGCCGCGACCAACCAGGCAUGA